CAUGGAUGAGCACCCCGGCGGAGGAGGAGGGGUCGGAGCGGGCGCUCCACGACAGCCUCCGCCGCCGCAGCAGCAGCAGCCGGGAAGCAACAGCAGCGCUAAUCCGCCGAUCGGUGGCGGAGGAGGAGGUGGCGGUGGAGGAGUCAUGGUGCCACACCAACCGGACGAGCUGCCUCGGCCGCAGCAGCAGUACACCAUCCCCGGCAUCCUGCACUACAUCCAGCAUGAGUGGGCCCGGUUCGAGAUGGAGCGGGCGCACUGGGAGGUGGAGAGGGCCGAGCUCCAGGCGAGGAUAGCGUUCCUGCAGGGAGAGAGGAAAGGUCAGGAGAACCUGAAGAACGACCUGGUCAGAAGAAUAAAGAUGUUAGAAUACGCUCUGAAGCAGGAGAGAGCAAAAUAUCACAAGUUAAAAUAUGGAACAGAGUUGAACCAAGGAGAGAUGAAGAUGCCAAGCUUUGAAUCAGACACCAAAGACUCAGAGGUCUCUGCUGUUCCCGCCAACAGUCAGCUCACCUGGAAACAAGGAAGACAGCUGCUCAGACAGUACCUGCAGGAAGUCGGAUACACGGACACCAUCCUGGAUGUUCGCACCCAGAGGGUUCGCUCUCUGCUCGGCUUGUCGGGAUCAGAGCAGAACGGAUCCGUGGAGAACAAGAACCUGCAGCACCUGAUCAACGGAACGGAGCGCCGCAAGGACAGCAAGAGGAGUCCAGGUGACGUUCUGGAGACGUUUAACUUCCUAGAAAACGCAGAGGACAGCGAUGAAGACGAGGAUGAGGAGGGAGACCUGAUGGACGACAUCAGCACCGACAAACACCACCGAGCCAAGAAACACAAGACCAAGGUCGGGAACGAGGGCUUGGCGUCGGAGGACGACGCCGACACAGAGGAGGCUCUGAAGGAGUUUGACUUCUUGGUGACGGGCGAGGACGGAGAGGGAGCGGGCGAAGCUCGGAGCUCUGGAGACGGGACGGAGUGGGCUGAGCCUCUGCCAUUUCCUACCGGCGGGGGGAAGUCCUUCCUGUUGGGGGGGUCGGACGACGUGCUGGAGAGCGUGCUGGGUUUGGGUGACCUCGCUGACCUCACCGUCACAAACGAUGACACAGAUUACAGCUACGACCUGCCAUCCAAUAAGGAGUCUUCAUUCAGGAAGACGUGGAACCCGAAGUACACACUGCGGAGCCACUUCGACGGCGUUCGAGCGCUGGCCUUCCACCCUGUCGAGCCCUGCCUGGUCACCGUGUCCGAGGACCACACCCUCAAACUGUGGAACCUCACCAAGACCGUCCCCGCCAAAAAAAGUGCCUCUUUUGAUGUGGAACCCAUCUACACAUUCAGAGCCCAUGUUGGUCCAGUGUUGUCGUUGGCGAUGACCUCCAGUGGCGAACAGUGUUUCAGCGGAGGCAUCGACUCAACCAUCCAGUGGUGGAACAUCCCCAGCUCAAAUGUCGACCCCUACGACACCUACGAUCCCAGCGUCCUAGCGGGCUCGUGGCUGGGGCACACAGACGCCGUGUGGGGAUUGGCUUACAGCGGCAUCAAGAACCGCCUCCUGUCCUGCUCGGCAGACGGAACGGUGAAGCUGUGGAACCCGACAGAGAAGAACCCCUGCAUCGGCACUUUCAACACAAACAAGGAGCACGGGAUUCCCACAUCUGUGGACUUCAACGGUUGUGACCCCGCCCACAUGGUGGCGUCCUUUAACAGUGGAGACGUGGUGGUGUACGACCUGGAGACCUCCCAGCAUGCACUGGUGCUGAAGGGCCAGGGAGAUGGCACUCUCCCCGGGUCCAAUCAUAUCAACAAGGUGGUGAGUCAUCCCACGCUGCCGGUCACCAUCACCGCUCACGAAGACCGACACAUCAAGUUCUACGAUAACAAGUCAGGUAAAGUGAUCCACGCCAUGGUGGCUCACCUGGACGCAGUGACCAGUCUGGCCGUGGAUCCCAACGGGAUCUACCUGAUGUCUGGCAGUCACGACUGCUCUCUGCGUCUGUGGAACCUCGACAGUAAAACGUGCGUUCAGGAGAUCACCGCUCACCGUAAGAAGAGCGAGGAGGCCAUCUACGACGUGGCCUUCCACCCCUCCAAGGCGUACAUCGCCUCCGCCGGAGCCGACGCCCUCGCCAGGGUCUACGUCUAGACUAGGAGGAGGAGGAGGAAGAAGAAGAGGGGGAGGAGGAAUCAGAUGACUGCGGGGCGAGAG